AUGGUGGAUUCCCCCUUUGCGGAGGAGGAUUUAUCUGCAACACAACCAGCAACUACACCCGCUGCUCUUUCUGCGGGAGCACCCACGAGGGGGGAUGCUGCUGUCUGUGUCCGUACAGCACUCGUCACAACGAGGGAGGACAACGUAAUAUCUCCAUCUCCAGAUCUUAGUCCUGCUUUGCAGGCAUCCGUGGACAUCGCCAUAAGCAGUAGAGAAACGGAGGAAGGCGCGGGAACAGGCAUUUACCCCUCGCUGUUACCCUUGCCAUCCCUCGCUGUGACGAGCAUGCGCAGAUCAUCAGCCCACAGUAGACCAUCAGCAUCCCCAUUUCGUCUUACCAGCAAGAGCCUUCCGGAUGAGGCAGAAAACCGAAGCAACAGACUUUCGAAAGAGUCAGCGUUCCCAGGUGCCAGCGAGAACAUUGACCCCGUGCAACACCAAAUGGAGCAGCAACAGCAACAAGAGGCAGAUGCCUCACUGAAGAAUGGGAGGUCCUCAUUUGCAGCUUCGAGCGUGGACCGCUUGGCAUCCUCGGGUUGUUCCAGUCCACUGCUAGAAGAUAUGAUGUCUCCCGGGUCGCGCGAAACAGCACCUGUCACCGGUUCUUCAGGCGCAGAGCAGCGUGAAGAGGCGACUUCGGUGCGUGGACAAUGCAUUGAUGCAACAUGGCAAAGGCACGUGAGGUCCUGGUGUAGCACAACUAGCUCUUUGGAGUCCUCUAUGUCGGACUUGAGACUGAGAGAGGAGACUCGACGUAACACCAGAAGAAACGCAUCGCCUCUUAGCGCCAGGAAUCUACGUGUCCAGUUGCAGGAGCGACAGCGACAACAGCAAGUCCUAAGGAAAAGCAGCAGCCCUCUGCGCCCUCAACGGACGGCAGCGAUUUCAUCUGACUCGGCUCCUGUUACUCCCUUGCGGUUCCAUAUAGCCCCCUGGCAGCAAAAACGAAAGGACCAUGCGGAUGGCCAGACGCCGCCGAGGUCCGAACAUAUAGGUGCAGUAUCGGCUUCAUGCAUACAAUCAGCAGCGUCCGCUGCUGCAGCCGCUGAUGCGGUAGUAGCAACACCAAUUACUGAGCGUCUUGGUGCAGGAAGCAGUCCCAUGAGAAGCAUCUUGAGAUCAGCAUCUGCCUCUGGGAGUGCGAACAGUCUUUCAGUUCGCCGUGUGGUCUUCACACCUGUCCCGAGGGCGCAAAUCUUGGCUGAUAGUGAAGGCAGGGAGCAACACUCUUGGCUCGGCGGGCAGCCUGCUGCCGACGAGGAAGCCUCCCCUGUGAGCUCUGGUAUAGGACUGGAGCAUUCAGAAGCGGGCGUCGCCGCACGUGUGGCUGACUGUAGCGAACUUCCAUCAGAAAUGAGUUCAAAUUCCACCUCUAUUCUCGAGAAGCAGCAGCAACAGAGUAUGCUUGCGGCCCCUACUGAACCUCCGCGUCGCCCCUCUGAAGACCGCAGGCGGAGCUCGGCAAGUGAGUCUACCCAACAGCUGCAGCAGCAAAAAGAACAGCCACAGUUUACUGGGGGGUGCGACGAGGCUCAGCAGCAACCGCAACAGCACCGCUCGAGUGCCCAAGGAAGUACGGAAGCUGCGAAAGGGCUGCAUGCGGCUGAAGGUUCCCAGGAUGCAGAGGUUUUGGUUGCCGCAGAUGCAGCAGCAACCACAACAAUGCAUACGGGAACGCAAGCAACGCGAGCGCCUACAGUCACGGAAGCCAGUACGUUAGUGGAGUCCAUAUCGGGGCUGGCCUUAGCCUCAACAACAGAAGCAACUUCAGACGUCGACUUAGUGUCUGAAAAUACUGAGAUAGCCGUUGCAUUGCAUAAAUCCGGACCUGCAGUUGCUGCAGCCGAAGUUGUCACCGCUGCAACAGAGACGGCCGAAGUAGACAGCAAAGAUGGCUCGGCAGCGGAGGAAAGGGAGGGUACUGCGUCACAGGGCUUGCAGGUCCCGACAGCGGCAGCAGCCCCAGCGUCAGAGAAGGAAGCAACAGGCGAGGCUCAGCACAAAAAAGGGCUGCCUGCAGCUGACAAGGGCGACGGCGAUACUGACCCUGUAAGGGUCCGUAGCGGAGGCCUCAGCUACUGCAACUCUCCCACUCGUGUACUGGUGGUGAGCAGUGAAGGAGAGACCGAGUUGUUGCUUCAGUCAGCGCCUUGCCUUGUGGCUCCGGCCCUUAGUGAGCCCUUACGUGCAGAUCCGACGCCUGUGCGGAAAGCUCCUGCCAGACCGCCAUCUGGGGCUCAGGCACGCGCAGCAGCAGCAAGGGCCCGUGCAUCGUGCGUCAAUGCCCCUCCAGUUUGUGCUACUGCUGGCUUCGCAGCCGCUGCUGACGGCGAUACAAUGGGCGCCACACCAGCAACAAUAGCUGAGGAGAAGGCGCCUCAACAUGUAGGCGAUGAUGAAGUAAACAGUCAUGAAGGAAAUGCUGCAACUGCAAGAUGCUUGCCACUGCAGCAACAGCAGCAUGACGAGCAUGCUCCACCGUGCACUUCCGAUCAGCAGACUAGAUUCCCCCCAGAGUCCGUCUUGGGGCGACGAGAAAACUUCGCUUGCACAGCGGAAGUGGAAACUCAUAGGCCUGCAGAGGUCGAUACUACUGCUGGCCUCGCGGCAGUUCAAACGGUUGCUGACGGGGGCUACUCGAGCCCGUAUAGUAAAGGUGCCUCAUGCGACCAGCUGUUGGAGCAGGCGCAACACCAGCAGCAGCAGAGCGUAAAUGAUGAAGCGGAACUUGAGUCUCGUGGCGCUUCUGAGACGUCCUCAACGCCAGUAACACCAUUCGCAGGCCCUGACCCUCUAAGUGGGGAUGCGCCUCUUUCUCCCAGGCUGGCAGUCCCGUCUGGCAGAGGCGGAUCGAGAAUCGUGAGCACUUCUGCCAUGUCGUUCCUUCUCAGCGUCAGGCAUCAACUUGAGGCGGAAGCAGCAGGUCAACAAGAACAACACUCAGGCCAGCAGCAAGAGCAGCGAAAGGACCAGGCGGAACAGGAGGAGACCGAUUCACCCUCCCACGACUUGCGUGAACCGACCCUAAGCAUGGAGGGCUGCGAAGCUAAGCAAGAGGGUUCGCAGGCGGAGCAACAGCAACAGCAGCAGUUGGAACAGCAGGAGCAGCAACAAUUGGAUGCUGGAGAGCCGCAGCGGCAACUAGAUGAGGCAACAGUCAGUUCCUCUAGUAUCCAUGAGCAGCAGCGAGGAGUAGAAGGCGUGAGAACACCCGGCGUAUUGAAUGUCAUAGCAGAGGUGCAGGGGGAUGAAACACUUGCUGACGCUGCUGCUCCCGGUGUGGCAGUUGCUCCUUCGAGCAGCGGCUGCAACAGCGGCGUGCCAAGUGAGGCGCCACAUUCUCAGGCGACUCCCUCCCAACAAUCAUGCAGGGAUUCAGAUUCUCGGAGUGCAGACUUAGAAAGCACAAGCAGCCGCAGUAGCAACAGCGUGUUAUUGAGCGGCGGUAGAGCCGCUAACACCGAGGAGGGCAACAGUAACAACAGCAACAUUCCGUGGCGCACACAAUGGAAGGCGUUAGACGCUCUAACGAAUAGGCUGCUGCAGGGCCUACCGAGGGCCCUCACUGUCAUUGCUGGAGAAGACAGUGGCUCGCCUGUCGCAGCAAGGGAAUCAGAACCGACAGUAGAAGUGGGGCCUUCUGCACCGGAGACAGGGGGGACAGAGGCUUCUGAACUAUCUAGAGGGGCAGAUCCAACUAUUCCCCGUAUUUCAUGGAUUGAUUACAGGGAGGAGCGUUUGAGAGAAUUGCAGUUGUGCGAGAGAAAGCGUCAUGAGAUUGAAACGCAGCGCGAAGAUAUCGACAACGGCGCCAUGCACGAAGAAGGCGACGAGCCUUCGGAGGUACAGCAGCUUCUAAAGCACCGGUUAAUGCAGCGCGGUUUGGGGGUUGCUUCGACAGCAGCAGAGCAGCUGCUUAUGCAGCCAGCCAGGACACGGAGGGAUUGGAAUGAGCUCUGUGAAAGGACAGAAGAGUCGCUCCAGCAGCAACUGCGCAACCACGUUGAGCCUCUAGCUCAACAGAUGUCUCGGGACCUACAGCAAGUCGAGGAGGCGCUGGAGGCUGCAGCCAUCAGGGCAGAGGGAGCAGCGGAGGCGAAGCGUCUUCGUCUUAGUAGGGAGUCGUGGGAAUCGGGCUUUGUCGCUCUGGCGGAAGAGCGCCACGUCGCGCUGCAGUCUGCCACCAGCAAUGUCGACACUGCGGCGGCCUCUCUGGGCCGUUUGUUGGAACAGGAGACACAGAUGGCGGAAGAAAUAGCGGCUAUGAAGGCGGAGAUCAGGGGCUUCGACAACACCAGUGACGACUUGCGGCUUCUGGCGGAUAUCCGCCAUAAGGAGAGCAUUGUGAAGGCGUUUGAACGGCUUAGUGGCGUUCGCAUACAACGAGUCAGCACUACAGGACUAGUAGCUGAGCUUGCUUGGCCGCGGUCCCUUCCUGCUGCAGUUGCUCUCCAAAUACCGGUCGACAAUUGUGCUACAGAUAUUAUGUCGCCGCAAGCAACCAACAACAAGGUGUUUCAUCGCCUCUAUGGAGCAGCUGAUUAUCCUGCGGCGUCGACAAGAAUCACGAUUUCGUGGAGUAGAGAAGAGACGCAGCAAACGCAACUGCAGCGGCAUGCACAGCCUGCUCCUGGGCCCUCGCUCAAGAUAACAAGUGCGGCGUCUGCAGCGGCUGCACCUGAACCAGCUACUCCGAUUCGACAGCGCGUGCAGAUCAUGAGGCCAUGCCCCCCUCCAGGAGGCAUUUCUACCGAGUCCGCAAUUUGCACGCCAUUGUUGGCGUCUCGUCGAGGAAAACCAUACGGGGCGGAUAUAGCAACAUCAGCUGGGGCUAUGGGUAUUGCUGCAGCGGAUGCGCCAUCAGCACGUACAGUUGGUGCUGUUUCACAAUGGAAUCAGCCACAGCAUGCGUCAGCUGCAGCUGGAGAACCUCGUUUCUUGCCCAUAACCAGCUGCAAGCUGCAGUCUCGCUUCCCUGUACUACGCGCUGUCGCAGCAUCUGCUAAUUCGGGCACCAUUGGCGGUAUGGUGAAUUCCGAGGCUCUACCACCUCAUCGACGAUGGAUGUUCAGCGUAGAGCAGCUCCGUUAUUUUCUUUUGGGAGCUGUGCAACGGUCGCUUCAACAGAUGCUGCUACAGCAAGGACCUCGAAGCAGCGCAACCGACGGGCCUGGGGGUGCCCCUACAACGCAAGAGACGUUUUGUGCCACUUCCACAGCAGGAGUCGCUCCGGGAUCUCAUCUUGCCAACUUCGGGAUAAGGGGGCUUAGUGGUAGCGGGGAUUUGAGCAGUCAGUCUUCUACGGAGACAGACAGCAGAAGCAGUGGAGCAGAAGCUACAGAAGGCCGUCACCCGGCUAUUGGGGCUCCUCCCUUCCCGGAUUUGUCCACCGUCAGGGCCCUGCUGUUGCAUGCACAUGCAGCUGCUGGGAGGGUCGCGUUACUUCAUGACCAGUUGCUCCUGCUCCUUCAUGCCUUCACGAACGUCACCUCUGUCUGCUUUGAUGAUCGGGGGGAGGAUUCGUCUCUACCUCACUUAGUUUUUAAGACAUUUUUAGCGCCAUCUACCGACGACCUCCCAGUGCUUCAAUUCUCUCUUACGAUUGAUCUAGGGGAGGCCCUCACACGUGGCUCUCUGUUGCUUGCGGUAGAGGCUGUUGAGAUUAAGUGCCUUUCGGCGCUUGACGAUAUCUGCACAGACGGGCAGGAAGCAUGCAAGGCCUUGCAUAGCGCUUUCCAGUCGCGUCUCGAGGCCUUGUGGGAUUCAGAGAAAGAAACGCUUUCUUCCGAAGGGUGCACAAAGGCGUUUUCUGACCAAGGGCUUGUCGAGUGCCUGUUCUCGGCAUGCGAUGAAUGUGGCUAUUCCCGUGGUGUAGAAGACUGGCGAUUGGAACGCUCUGGGACUCCAUAUCCUGAAGACGAUUUCGCCUCCUUUGCUUCAUGGGGGUCUGCAGAGGCCAGCGCUCUGGAACGGUGGACGACACUUCUAGAGGAUGCUGGUCUUGUGCCACUUCUGCCUUAG